AUGUCGAGCUCGUUCGAAAAGUCCGUCAAGGGCGCAACCAAGAUCAAGAAUGCUCCCCCAAAGACGAAAUACAUCGAGCAUAUUCUUGUCGCUACCCACUCCGGCGAAGCUGGUGUCGCCGAGGUCUUUCGCGCACUCACAUACCGUCUCCGCGAUUCGACAUGGACUAUCGUUUUCAAGAGUCUAAUCACGGUGCACCUUAUGAUAAGAGAGGGUUCUCCCGAUGUGACAUUGGCCUUUCUCUCGACACACCGCAAUGUACUGGCCAUUAGCAGCUUUACAGAUGCACAAAUUCAAGGACGAAAUAUUCGACAUUAUGCUCAGUACCUAGCUGAACGAGCCCGCGCAUACGAAAAGACAAAGACCGACUGGGUACGCGCUUCAGAGUCCAGACUUGAGAAGCUUUCAGUCGAGAAGGGCUUAUUACGAGAGACGGAAAUUGUGCAACACCAGCUCGAAGCCUUGUUAAAAUGCGACGUAAUGGAGAGUGAGCCCGAAAACGAAAUCACUAUAACUGUUUUCCGACUGCUUGUCUUGGAUCUUUUGGCGCUAUUUCAGGUUCUUAACCAAGGGCUGAUUAGUAUUCUUGGCAACUUCUUCGAGAUGUCAAAGGUGGAUGCCGAGCGUGCUAUGGCCAUCUAUCGGAAGUUCACGAAGCAGACCGAUUACGUUGUUCAAUAUCUUAGCGUAGCGCGACAGCACGAGCACCACACGAGAGUCGAGGUUCCUAAGCUGAAGCAUGCUCCUGUUAACCUCGGACGUCAGCUGGAGGAGUACUUACAUGAUCCCGAUUUCGAGGUUCACCGACGACAAUAUCUGGCCGAGCAGGACGUCAAGAAGAUCGGUGGUGGUUCGAGCUCGAAGCAAGGAGGUCUUAGCAAGAAGAAGAGCAGCGAUUUCCCAGCACCGGCAUCGAACAACCCCUUUCCUCAAAUGGGAGCCACCUCAACUGGCAACAACGCACCCGAAUCCAAGCCCCAAGCCAACAAGGGUCCUGAUCCGGAUCUGAUCGACUUCUUUGACUCUAUCGAGCAAAACCAGACCCCCAUGAACAUGAACCCUCAACCUCAACCACAGCCUUUCCAACAACAGCCAACUGGCAUGCAAUUUCAGCAAAAUGGCUUUGCCGCACAACCUACUGGUUUUGCGUCUAACAGUCCGUACCAGCAGCCGCAACAAACGGGCGGAUUUAUGCAACAGCAACCUCAAAUUCAACUUCAACCGGAUUUUACAGGAGCCGGAUUUGGUGGUUUUACACCCCAGCCGCCAGGUUACCAACAAAACUCACUUUCUCCAAUUCCCCAAGAUUCAAUGGCCAAUUUCACCAAUGCCGUUCCUCAGCAACAACCUGCUCAGACUGGAUCGCCUCAGGGUCUCCAACCUAUGCAGACAGGAAGCACCAACCCCUUCCGUCAAUCCAUGCUUAUGGCCCAGCAAACAGGCCUGCCAUCAUCUAACACAGGAAACGUUAACCGUCAAUCUACAAACCCGUUCGCCCGAUCAUCACCACAGCAAAACACUUCUCCUUUCGCUCAAAACUCCAACUCGCCUUUCCAAACACCCCCACCCCAGCAGCCACAGCAACAAGCAGCCCCUAUGCAGGCGACACCGACUGGUACGAACCCCUUUGCUCGCAAUGCCGCGAUACAACCGGCAGCCCAGGAAUCACGACCACAGACAGCCGGUGCUUCACUGGCUCCUCAAGCCACUGGCACUACCAACCCCUUCCGACAGAGCGCCUUUGUCAACCACAACACCGGCCAGGGUUGGCAAGCGAACCAGCAACCCGUCGGAGGUGGCUUCGAUCAAAUCCCAACUGUACCCGUAUUCCCUCGACCGGCUCAGCAGGCACCUUGGCAACAAUAA